AAAUGUAUUUUAUGUUAGUUUGUUAGCUUUUGAAAUGUAAUUCUAAAUUUGAAGAUUAUGGUGAUCUUGUACAAUGUAAGUGUGGCGACACAUUUUCUGACACAUCCGAAACGGCUCUCAAUUAGCCAGCAUUCCGGCUAAGGGAGAUUGCCUACGGGGGUUUGUGAGUACGUGUCUUUUGCAGCAUCUGCGUCCAUGGGGGCUGGGUUGAGGGAGGCUUAGAAGCAAGGCUGUUUAGUUCGAAUAAAGUUAUUCGACUGCAGUUUACUGACUGCCUGAACACACCGCUGCAACGUGUUUUUAUCGCUAUUAAUAUACGUCACCACUGCCAAUACCUGACACCCGCCAGUGCGCAAUUUCUUUAAUUUUUCGAUCCAAGGUAAGCCAACUAUGGAGAAUUCUAAAAAAAGAAAAGUGACUUAAGAAAACAGAACGUUUAAUGAUACGUGGACAGAUUCAUUUGCUUUCACUGUUGACGAGACUGGUUUACCGGUAUGCUUAAUAUGCAAUGAGAAACUAGCAAACAACAAAAAGUCAAAUGUCGCAAGGCAUUUCCAGAGUAAACACGCAGCCUUUGCUCAAAAAUAUCCGGAUGGAGAUGAGAGAAAAAAAGCCGUUUCGGAACUGAUGCGGAAGGUUGAUCUGAGCAAAAAUCAUUUCCAGAAAUGGAUGAAGUCAGGAAAAUCAACGACAUACGCCAGUUAUAUUGCCGCUCAGGAAAUAGUCAGGCACGGGAAGCAGUUUACAGAUGGUGAAUAUAUAAAAGAAUCUUUCAUUAAGAUUUCAGAACAUCUAUUCACGGACUUUAAAAACAAGAGUGAAAUUGUGCAGAAAAUCAGGGAUAUGCCCCUCUCUGCAAAGACUGUCAAAGACAGAACCAUAAAAAUGGCAGAAGACAUCACAAGACAGCAAAUUAAAGACAUCAAUUCAGCUGUGGCCUACUCGAUUGCCUGUGACGAGUCUAAAGACAAAGGCGAUAUUGAACAAAUAGCGUUGUUCUGCCGGUAUGUAAACUCUGCCGGGCCACAGGAAGAACUGAUUGAGUUGAUACCUCUAAAAGACCAAACACGGGGGGAGGACAUCUGUGAGGCUGUCUUGAAUUGUUUAAGAGCCAAAGGAAUAAAGACCACCCAUCUGGUGUCAGUAGCUACUGAUGGGGCUCCGAAUAUGACGGGAACGCACAAGGGAUUUGUGGCUUUACUGCAGAAGUCGCUGGACAGAAAGCUGCUGACUUUUCACUGCAUCUUGCACCAAGAGGCACUGUGCGCUCAAACAUUUCCUCCGGAAUGCACAGAAGUAAUGGAUGUUGUCAUUCAGAUUGUCAAUAAAAUAAUGGCAAAAAGUUUAAAUCACCGUCAAUUCCGUUUGUUACUGGACGAGAUGGAAAGCGCAUAUUCUGAUCUCCUGCUGCACAACAAAGUCCGGUGGCUGUCCAAAGGGGAGGUGCUGAAACGCUUUGUCGCGUGUCUGGAAGAAGUGAAAACUUUCCUGGGCAGCAAAGGGCUCAACUUUCCUGAGCUGGAACAGCCAGGGUGGCUGGAAAAGCUACACUUCAUGGUAGACAUGACAGCGCACCUGAACACGCUGAACACAGCUCUUCAGGGGAAAGGACGCACAGCCCUGCACAUGUUGGAGGAUGUCUUGGCAUUCGAGCGCAAGUUGACAGUGCUUGCCAGAGAUUUACAGAAAGGCACUUUGUCUCACUUCCCCAAUUUGAGAGAGUUCAAACAAGGUCACGACAUGAUAAUUUCGGAGUAUUUACAUUCUGCAAUCAUCGCAAUGCAAACAUCGUUUGGGAAACGCUUCUGUGAGUUCAGAGAGGAAAAAAACACAUUAUCCUUCCCGGUCACUCCCUUAAGCAUCGAUCCUUCCCUACUGAAUACGACUGCAUUGGCAGGUGUGAGUCAACCUGAUCUUGAGAUGGAACUGGCCGACAUAGCCGACAAAGACAUAUGGGUGUCCAAGUUUAGACGCUUGACAGCAGACCUUGAAGAUGUUGCCCGUCAGAAGGCCGUUCUUGCUCAGAAUCACAAAUGGAGUGAUAUUGAAAACCUUCCAAAUCCGGACCAACUUGUGUUUGAAACAUGGAAUGCUGUGCCCGACAUUUAUGUAAACAUGAAAAAGUAUGCGCUUGGAGUCCUGUCGAUCUUUGGAUCCACAUAUGUAUGUGAGCAGGUGUUCUCCAACAUGAACUUUAUUAAAAACAAACAUCGCGCACGCCUCACAGAUGACAGCUUGCGAUCCUGUGUAAAGAUGAAGGUGACGUCAUACAGCCCUGAUGUGCAGACGCUGUGCGCUGAGGUCCAGGAGCAGAAAUCCCAUUAACCAAGCUGACAGCUGGCUGAUGUUAUUUUUGGUUUGCUGCUGGCGGAAAAUUUAAGUUCGGCGUUUUUCAUAAAUACAAGAAGGACUCAAAUAGACAUUGAGUAUUUUACUUAAAAGUAACUUUCAACCCAACGUCUUUUUUUCGGAGUUCAAAAUGUUUUUGUUGCAUGCAGAAAUGUAAUUUCGUUUUCUCUGCAGGAGUUCAUCAAUUUCAUAAAUGCAACACAUUAUAGUUUGUUUAUACAUAGCAUAAAGGCAAAAAAAAACGUUGUAUGCAGUGUUAUUUCAUUUUAAAUGUCAAACGGGUUU